AUGACAGUGGACAACCGUUUGGAUCUUGGUACAAUCCAGCAGAAGAGCGGCAUCGCCGUCAGCUUCUGGGGCUACAUGACGGGAGCGAGUGGAAGUUGGGCUCGCUACUUUGACUUUGGUGGGAAUAGCAACUACUUUUACCACGGUGGAGGCUCAAACCUAUACAACUGGUUGUUCGCCGCUCCAGGCACGUCAACGUGGCCGAGAUGGCUUCAACUGGAUGUGUACGACGGCAAAGGUUAUUUUCCGUUGCCUUUUUCUGAUCACGUGAUCUCGAGUUGGCAUCACUUUGUUUUCUCCAUCAACAAGAACGGAAGCGCGUCGGCAAACACAUGGUCGGUAUGGAUCGAUAACGAGCUGGUGUGCGAUGCGUGUCAUGCUAGCGGUCUGACUUCCAUUCCCAUGGAUGAAAGGGGAUGGUAUAUUGCGCGUUCUCAUUGGGAAGUAGACGGAAAGACUGAUGGCGGCAUGGACGACUUCCGUAUUUACGAUCAAGCCCUCACAGCCCUGCAAGUCGCGGAAAUAUACUACGGUUCUGUGAUUGACAAUCCUGCUUCAACCCCCUUGGGGCCAAACUGGUUUCUUCACCCAGUCUACGUCAACUGCCAUAUGAAUCACACAUGGAAAGAUAUCAUCUACGGACAAUUGGCAAAGAACCAGACCUUCAAGUCGGGGGGCUGGAAGAUGAGCUCAUGCUCAGUUAGAUACGGUGAUAGCCUCGCGGCACUGUUCAACGGUUCAACGGUUUGAAGACGACUCGAGCUACUUUCAUGUUCAAGUUCUGUCUUUGUGUAUCAAACUUGAAAUGGUUUUGUUUUAGUAGUAUCCUGAGGCUCGGAUUUACGAAGCCU